UUCUUGAAGUCAUCCGUAAUGGCCGUUCCGCGAGGGUAAGGAAGAUAGAGGAGGAGGUUUUAGAUUUAGAGUAUCUGAAUAGCAGAUUUCCUCAUUCUAUAAAACAAGAUCAAGAUAUGCAGCAUUAUGCAGUAAACCCAGAUUAUAAUGGGUUCCAUCGCAGUAGUCUGUUUGGGUUUAUUCCCAUUUUACAUCUUGGAAACCGUCAUGUUGUCCACUGUACUUAAGACCGUUGAGGAAUUUGGCGAAGAAGGCAUUGCAAAAGAAUCUCUUCUAAGUAGGAUUCAACAAUCGGAAAUGGUAAAAUGUAGCACAUUUGAAGAUCUAAAUUCCCAGUUCAAUCAGGCCCUGGACGCUGGCCGACGGUUUGGGUUGCUCUCAGUCAAAAGCAGCCUAGUCAAGUUGCUCUGCAAUUCGGUUGCAAUCGAGGAACCACGAAGUUUCUCCGCGCAGCUACUGAUGCUAAAUGAAGAGUUUACCCAUGAACUGGAUGAUGAAGACGAAGUUAACGUAUCGAGUCCAUUAGAUGACUCUGGAUCAGCUCUAUCGGGACAGAAAUACCGUUCGCCCCGGUUGCGACCGAGGAACUUACGCGUGACCUUUGAUGAGCGUCAUUUAGCCAGGCAGAUAGGUGAUUUCCAACGAAGUGAAGCGGACAUGGUCAUGAACUUGCGUAGUACGGUGGCAAGUGAUAAUCAAUCACAACGUAGCAGCUCCAAGUCGCAUCGCAAUGUCAGUGAGGCUAUCAAGCAGCGAGUCAGUCUAGGACCGAUUGCAAGAAGCCUUUCGAUAUUAGUAAUUCUAUAUUUAUUUUUGAGAUGGUGUAAUGCGUGUUAAAUUUUAGGUGAAAUCAACAAGUUUUACAGUUUGGGAAUACUACAAAAUACAUAGUGUUAGUGUCAAAAAUCACCAAAUGUCUUGAUUAUAUUAUGGUACCGCGAACAGGUAAAGUUCAUCCAGAAAACAUACAUAAAAUUUAGAUUUUCGGAAAUUCUGAUGUUGAAUGAUAUACAUAUACUUAUGACGUAGGGUGUCAUCCAGCGUUGCUAUUGGGAGCAAAAAGUUUGACGGAAUAGUUAGUUAUAAUUAGCUACACACUCAAUCCAUAAUUGCCUGUUCGGUACUUUUUUGACGAAAAUAGAACAGCAGAAUUAUUUCGGUAGCUUCGGUAAUCGAUUUUACUGAGGCUCAGUAUAACAACUGUCAAAAAUGGGUGCAAAAGGUAAACAAUCCAUCAUUGCUGUAUUCAGCUGUUCUAUUUUCGUCAAAAAUUUACCGAACACGGUAUUCAAAAUUAAGUGUGUAGUUAGCUAGUUAGUAGUAGCUUUCCAUAGAACAACCGGUUUUAUUCAAAUCGCUACAUUGUGAUUUAUUGU